UGUAAACAGAAAUCUAGUUGGCGGUAAUUCCUAUGAAUUUACUCAUUUAGCCUUGCAGCUGAUUUACAAUAAAUAGAUUAGUUUCGUAUUAGAUUUCUGAUUCACACAGUUAAUAGUUACGUGGGACCAUCAUGCAUGUCGUAAAAAUUCUGUGUCUAAUUUGUAGCUUGAUAAAACUUGGAGAAAGUGUGUGUUAUCGUUCGCCAAACGCUUGUCCACAAACUGAAAAAGACUUUUUGAAUGUUCAUAUUGUCCCUCACUCUCAUGAUGAUGUUGGCUGGUUAAAAACUGUAGAGCAGUACUAUUAUGGAACCAACAACUCGAUCCAGAAUGCUGCUGUCCAGUACACAUAUGACUCAGUUUUGGAAGAAUUAUGGAAAGAUUCAGAAAAGAAAUUUGUCAGUGUUGAAAUGGAAUUUUUCUCACACUGGUGGAAAGAGCAAACCUCUCAUGUCAAGAGGAAGGUCCACAAAGUGGUAGAAAGAGGACAAUUAGAAUUUGUUGGAGGAGGUUGGUGUAUGAACGAUGAAGCUGCCGCCUCGUACGUCGACAUCAUAGACCAAAUGACUAUGGGAUUAAAAUUUCUCAACGAUACGUUUGGUGAAUGUGCUGCUCCAAAAGCUGUCUGGCAAAUUGAUCCAUUUGGCCACUCAAAAGAACAAGCCUCCAUUUUUGCGCAAAUGGGUUUCGAAUACCUCUUUCUCGGGCGGAUUGAUUAUCAAGAUAAGGCUUUACGGAUGAGCAACGGAGAAAUGGAAAUGAUGUGGGACGCUUCUGAUAGUUUGGGCACAGAGAUCUUUACAGGAGUGUUAUACAACACGUACGGCCCUCCACCUGGAUUCUGCUUUGACGUUCUCUGCGGUGAUGAAACUAUAGUAGACGACCCUGAUAGCCCCAUGUUCAACAUUGACCGCCGAUCAAAACAAUUGGUAGCCUAUAUUUUGGAGCAAUCAAAACACUAUAGAACUAAUAAUAUCAUCCUCACAAUGGGCGAGGACUUCCACUAUCAAUACGCUCACGCCUGGUACAAGAAUCUCGACAAACUAAUCAAGUACAUAAACAAAGUCUACUUUAACAGCCAAAUCCGCCUCUUUUACUCCACACCUUCGUGUUACGGCCAAGCUGUGAAAAAUGCGCUCGUCGAAGCGUUGCCACGCAAGACGGACGAUUUUUUUCCGUACGCAAGCGACCCACAUGCCUACUGGACGGGGUAUUUUACCUCGCGCCCGACUUUUAAAGGGCUCGUCCGUCAGACAAGCAAUUUGCUUCAGGCCUGCAAACAGAUUCAAGCGGUUACCGUCAGAAGGCGCUCCAACGUCCUUAACCAAUUUCAACGAAGCCAAGCCAUCGCCCAACACCACGACGCCGUAACCGGUACUGCUAAGCAGCAUGUGAAUAAUGAUUACAUCGUCCGUCUAGACCAAGGUAUUCGCGGCUGUUCCGGGGUAUUUUCGGAAUCGUUCAACCACCUGCUGUCUUUGAAUGGAUCGACAUUGAACCAAGAGUAUUGCGCAAUGCUCAAUAUCAGCCAAUGUCAAACGACCGAACAAAAUUCCCCGUUUAUCGUCACGCUCUACAAUCCUCUCGCCUUCCGCUCCAGCCAUACUGUCCGCAUACCCGUCACCGAUGGAUCCUACGCCAUUACUGAUCACGAAGGAAGAUUAGUUGCGUCACAGAUGGUACCAAUCGCCGAAGCCGUAUUACUUCUCCCCGGCCGCAACAGCAAUGCCACAAAUGAACUGAUCUUUCGAGCGGAAGAUCUUCCACCUCUAGGCCUUCGAUCCUAUCAUGUCAAGACUCCCGAGGGCAAGCCUGGCAAGCGGAUGCUUCGUUCCCGACCAAAAACAAUUCAGCUUCCAAAUAAAGAAGAUAUCCUCGUAUCUGCGUACGGUUUGUCGUUGAAAUUCGAUCGUCAGACUGGCCAUUUGGUACAAAUAGGCAAUGAAAGCGUCGAGCAGCAACUGUUGUUUUAUCCAGCCAUGGCGGGCAACAACAGCCGGUUCGAAUUUCGGGCUUCGGGAGCCUACAUCUUCCGACCGAACGGCACUGACGCUCUUCCACUGGAGCAGCCGGCCACUAAAUUAACAACAAUUUUCGGUCCGGUCAUCACUGAAAUCCGCCAACACAUCAAUACUAAUACGAUGCAAAUAUUCCGUCUUCAUCGCGACGAAUCUUUCAUCGAGCUGGAUUGGAUUUUGGGUCCGAUUCCUAUCGAGGAUGGAAUUGGGAAAGAGUACAUUUCACGCUUCACUGCUCCCGAAAUCCGAAACAACGGAACGUUUUUCACCGAUUCCAAUGGCAGAGAAAUGUUACAGCGCCAACUGAACCAUCGGCUGACCUACAAAGUCAACGUAACUGAGCCCACAGCUGGAAACUUUUAUCCAGUCAAUUCAUUCGCUUAUGUGGAGGACAAAUCGACGAGAAGUAGGAUGACAGUUUUGAACGAUCGAGCUCAAGGGGUGUCUAGCUUGCUACCCGGAUCCCUCGAGUUUAUGAUUCACCGACGGUUGUUGCAUGACGACGCAUUCGGCGUUGGCGAAGCUUUGAACGAAACCGCGUAUGGUGUCGGCUUGGCUGCCAGAGGAUCUCAUUGGCUUGGCGUGGAGAAUUCCCGGUCUGUUGCAAGAUUUUUAGCACAACGGAUGGCUCAUUCCCCUAUUCUUACAUUCUCUCCCACGACAUUAUCAGCAGAAGAAUUCCGUAAAUCUUACCGGAUGGAGGUCGCCUUGCUCAACCGAGACCUUCCGCCGAAUGUAAAUCUUCUGACAUUGGAACCAUGGGACGACCAAGGCCGCAUUUUAGUCCGUUUUGAGCAUUUUUUCGGUGUCGGUGAGGACGAACAAUUUUCUCAGCCAGCCAGCAUUUCUCUCAAGGGGCUUUUUGCAACGCUGAACAUUCGGACCGUGGAAGAAGUAAAUUUGUCGUCUAAUCGACCCAUUAAGAUUCUGGACACUGAUGAGUUGCUGGUGCUGAAGCCCAUGGAAAUCCGGACGCUGAUUUUAUCUACCCAACAAUGAAUAAGGACACACUCCAUUUGUUUUUUAAGUACAUUUCUCCAUCCAAAUUUAUUGAAGCCAUCAAAUAUCUGUCAGAAUUGGGGGCCAGCCCCUGUCUGAGCUUCUCAAAAGAGCAUCGCACAACACUCAUUCGUUUAUAAUUUACGUUAUUAACUAGUUAAUAAUGGGGGUUUGGUUUUUUUGGGGGGGAAGGUGAGAUAGAUGGUAAUAAUCAUAAUUACUAAUUCGAGUCAACAAGAUAAAAAGAUAAUUAAAGCAGGCGAGAACAAAAUAAAGCAAAAAUUGUCAUAACA